GCUCUUGCCUCCCAGCUCUGCCGCCCGCUGCCGGGCUUCGCUGGGCCGGGAGCGCCGUGCGACUGCCGGAACGAGCCUUUCCGGCGGAGGAGGCAGUGCGUUCAUUUGGGCGCGUCCCGGGAAGGAAAGUGCCUCCCGGCGCGCAUCGAGAGCGGGCGGGGCGGGGAGGGGCCGGGCUUUGCCCGCGGCCCGGGAGAGCGGCGUUGGGACCGCGGAAGGGCGCCUACCCCCUCAGGGUCUGGGAUUCCGGGACCCCUGGCUCCGUUGAAUGUCGGGACGGAAGGGGCCUGGUCGACCCCAUCCGCCACCCUCCCCCCGCCCCUUAGCACAGACCGGGGAAAUGGACGCCUGGAGAGCGGAAAUCCAGUUAUCAAAGUUGACUCCAGAAGAACUUAACAGACCUAACAAUGGAAGAAAUUGAGAAAGUUAUCAAAAAGCUACCAUCCCCCAAAACACCAGUCCCAGAUGGUGUUUCAGGUUAAAAAAAUCCUUCCCGAAGAAGAUCUUAAGCAACACGAUGGAUUCAGAAGCUCAUGAAAAGAGGCCACCAAUCCUAACAUCUUCAAAGCAAGAUAUAGCACCUCAUAUUGCAAAUGUUAGUGAAAUGAAGCAUUACUUGUGUGGCUGCUGUGCGGCUUUCAACAAUAUAGCCAUCACAUUUCCCAUUCAGAAGGUCCUCUUCCGGCAACAGCUGUAUGGAAUCAAAACCCGGGAUGCAGUACUUCAGUUGAGGAGGGAUGGAUUUCGAAACUUGUAUCGCGGAAUCCUUCCCCCUUUAAUGCAGAAGACGACUACGCUGGCACUUAUGUUUGGUCUGUAUGAGGAUUUAUCUUGCCUUCUCCGUAAGCAUAUCAGUACCCCAGAGUUUGCAACCCGUAGCCUGGCCGCAGUACUUGCAGGAACGACAGAAGCAAUUUUCACUCCGUUGGAAAGAGUUCAAACAUUGCUUCAAGACCACAAGCAUCAUGACAAAUUUACAAACACUUAUCAGGCUUUCAAAGCACUGAAAUGCCAUGGAAUUAGAGAGUAUUAUCGAGGCUUGGUGCCUGUUCUUUUCCGUAACGGAUUCAGCAAUGUCCUUUUUUUUGGCCUUCGAGGUCCCAUCAAGGAGCACCUGCCUACGGCAACAACCCACAGUGCUCAUUUGGUCAAUGAUUUUAUCUGCGGGGGCCUGUUGGGUGCCAUGUUGGGGAUCUUGUUUUUUCCAGUUAAUGUUGUAAAAACUCGCAUGCAAUCUCAGAUUGGUGGGGAAUUUCAGUCUUUCCCUAAGGUUUUCCAAAAAAUCUGGCUAGAACGGGACAGGAAACUGACAAAUCUUUUCAGAGGUGCCCAUCUGAAUUACCAUCGGUCCCUCAUCUCUUGGGGCAUAAUUAAUGCGACUUAUGAGUUCUUGUUAAAGAUUAUAUGAAAGAAAUCAGUUAAGUGCCAUUAAUCAACUGAAUAGACCUAAGAAGAAUGCAGUUUGGCCUUGUUUCUAAUUGGCCAAAUACAAGUUGGUGUCAUAAGUCCAGGGCACAAUGAAUUACGGGCAAAGCUGUUUUUCUUAAGCACCAACAAAGUCAGAAUAAAAGGUUUCAGUAGGA